CAGCGCCUGACAGUGCCUGACGUGCAUUCUUUAUCUGGCUUGGCGCGACAGCUCAUCCCCGCCAUUUCAGUCGAUCCCUUCAGCUCCGAUAAACACUCUGUCCUUCUUCCAACUUCCAUCAUUUGCCAUCGCCAUGACUACCCGCUACCGUGUUGAAUAUGCCCUCAAGUCCCACCGCCGGGACCAAUUGAUUGAAUGGAUCAAGGGUCUGCUGGCUGUCCCCUUUGUGCUGCACUCGCAGCCCACCGCCGUCUACCAGGAACACAGCGAGAAUCUCAUCGCCGUCGCCGCUGAUACCCAUCAACGCUACGCGGAGAUUUUCCGGGAUGUUGAAAACCUCAUAUCCGAUCAUAUCAAACAUGAACGGGACAACGCCCCUGGCAAAUCCAAGCUGAAGCUUCUUGUUCCCAGCGUCGGAUCUUUCUUCACACCAAUCCCGCUUGCGGAUGCUUUCAAUUACCAGGAUAAGAAACGCUUCAUCAGUCGGAGACGCUUUGUCGCUCCCUCCUUCAACGACAUUCGAUUGAUCCUCAACACCGCCCAGCUUUUCGGUAUCGUCCGCUCCAACGGUCUGCAACUCGUCACGUUUGACGGUGAUGUGACCCUCUACGACGAUGGCGCCUGCUUGACGGAAGACAACCCAGUCAUCCCUCGCAUCAUCCGUCUCCUUCGCCAAGACUGUAAGAUCGGCAUCGUCACUGCAGCCGGUUACACAGAGGCGGAGAAGUACUACCACCGGCUCAAGGGAUUACUCGACACCGUCCACGAUUCGUCUGUUCUGACAGAGACGCAGAAGAAUGGCCUGAUCAUCAUGGGCGGAGAAAGCAACUUUCUCUUCCGCUACGACCAGUCCUCCCCUCACCGCCUCUUCUAUGUGCCACGCAGCCAAUGGAUCCUGGAAGAGAUGCAGCUCUGGCAGGAACGAGACAUUACCGAAUUAUUGGACAUUGCGGAAUCAUCUCUGCGGGCAUGUGCUUCUAAUUUGAAUCUGCCAGUCGCCGUCCUCCGGAAGGAUCGCGCGGUCGGUGUGUAUCCAUUGGACAGAAGUAAAAUCCAUCGCGAGCAAUUGGAGGAGACAGUUCUGGUUGUACAGAACACAGUCGAGCGGUCUCAAGUUGGCUCCCGGUUGCCAUUCUGCGCUUUCAACGGAGGAAAUGAUGUCUUUGUCGACAUUGGCGAUAAAUCCUGGGGUGUACGUGCCUGUCAGCAAUAUUUUGGCAACAUAGAACGAACCAAGACUCUCCACGUCGGUGAUCAAUUUUUGUCAGCUGGCGCGAAUGACUUCAAGGCUCGUUUGGCAUCAACCACAGCUUGGAUCGCAAGUCCGGCAGAGACGGUUCAACUUUUGGAUGAACUGGAGGAGCUGGAGAAGGCUUUAUGAUUGUGUAUAGGUUAAUCCUAUAUCUACAAGUACACGCGCAGCUUGUUCUAUAAGUACACCGCACAUUCGACAUGAAUAUCAGAAUUUUGUUAUUCCCGGCCAUUAGGCCAUUGGAUAUUAUCUAUAACAGAGAACACCAAUUGACUCCAGCCAUGCAUACCAGUAUUAUCAGUAUCCUUUGAGGAAUCGUGGAGUUUAGACUCGGUUACUACGAACUAUCAUUGAAUUGAAAUGGAUCAACAUGAAAGAUACUCUCAUCUUUUUACUCGUGGUUUUGAGGGUAG